GCAGUGUUACAUUUACAGGUGUAUCUAACAGAAAUACAAGUAGUUGGUAAAAUUGCAGGUUACAUUACACCUAACAAAGUAGGCUCUCAACCUCCAUUUCUGUUCUAAAAUUGAGUGAAUCCAAGAUAACCCGGAGUAGAAAGAAGAGAAAUCUUGAAGAUCUAAGAUGCUUUUCAUUCAAUCUCAUACAUUACACCCUCUUUAGUCCUUUGCAUAGCUGACCCCCCUCAGUAUUUCAAUGAUAGUAAGUGAUUACAACGGAACUGAAAUACCGACGGAGUGAAGGUGUGCAAAACUGUGUUCGCAUUGUUAAGCAUUAACGGAGAAGUGAGUGGAUAAAUGGCAGACUCCAACUAUGAUGCUGGUGACGAUGAAACACUAAAAAUUGAUGGGAUGGAAGUUCUUUGGACUGAGAAGUUUGAAUCUUAUUUUGUAUAUUUAAUGUCGGAAGAAAUAGCAAGGGGAAACAUGCAAGCAACUACCUUUGCCAAUGCAGCGUGGAAAGGUAUCUCAGAGGCUCUGAGACAGAGAACAGGGAAAGAGUACACAUAUUUGCAGUUGAAGAAUAAAUAUCAUAACCUGAGGGCUCGAUGGAGCGAUUUUAGUAAUUUGUUAAGGGAGAAAGACAUUAAGUAUGACUCAAUAACUGGAGAAGUUCUCGCAACAGAUGAUGUAUGGAGAAAGCUGUACACGAGGUACCGUCGAGCAAAAAGCUUCAGAAAGAAAGGAUUGAAAGAUUAUGAUAAGUUGUGUGUGAUAUUUGGGUCUCCUGAAAUUCAAUCCAUUAGAGGGGAUUCCAGUGAAGAUGGAGGAGAUACUUUUAGAGCCAGGAAAAGUGACAAACUUCUAACUCCAGAGAUCCCAUGUAGAGAUAUAGUAGUUGAGAAAUCUAAUACUCCAAAGAAGCAAAAGAUAGGUAAGAAGAUGAGCUUUACCCCUUCAUUGGAUUCAGUUGCCGAUAGCGGUGAUGGUUGUGGGUACCAAUCUGGGCAAGUCCAGGAUGUUGUUAGAUGUAUGGAGGCGCUGAACACGCUAGAAGGAAUAGAUGGUGUAUCAUAUGUGAAGGCAACAAGGUAUAUUCAUGAUGAUCCCUUAUGGAGAAAGAUGUUUCUUUGUAUGCCAGAUGAAAGGAAGAAAGACUGGGUGCUCAACAUUUGAGAAAAUUGUUAUGGCUACUCUACCAAAUAUAUCACGAGAAAGGUUCAUUAGCUAGUAGUUAGAUAUCUAGUUUUCGAUUCGAGAAACUGGCGGGUUCAGUGUGUUUACAGAAAUUCCCCAUAGACGCGUAUUCCAAACUUUAGAUAUCCGACAAUUAGCUAUUCAACCACUCUCAUAUUCAUAGUUGUGGGCUGUGGCUGUUGUGGUGUGCCUGGCAGCUAUCUUGUAAAUGUUGUGGAUUCCUUAGGCCUGACUCCUGAGGAUUUUUAUCCUACUUAUCUGUUGGGUGUUUGAUUGGUAUAUAUAAAAGGUUACUACUACUUCAGUAGUACUGAUUCAGAA